CAACUCUCAAAGGAACCACAUAGUUAAUUAACCGCUUAAGGACACAUGACGGAAAUAUUCCAUCAUGAUUCCCUUUUAUUUCAGAAGUUGUGUCCUUAAGGGGUUAAUUGUAGUGUUCUGGCUAUAAGGAAUAGGGGUAUUUACCAGAGCAGUAUGAUACCAAACCAGGAAGUCCUGUCUCUUGGAUGCAGCCACUCUUUGCCAGUCCUGGUGCAUCCUUUUCAGUGCCUUGUUUGGUGAGGUGGAAGUUGGGGCUUCAGAAUCCAUCCGAAUAUUCCAUUACCGUGACAACUUAUGGCCUUCUUCUGGGGUUGAAAUAAUCUUCUCCACGCCAUUCCUAUUGAAAAUAUGUUUCACCAGGACACCUCAUUUGUAGAUCAAAUGUGCCUCACGUAAGGCUCUGAGAAUGGGAGCAAAUACUUUAUUUUUGAGCAUUAUGUGGGAUGAGUGGUCUACGAAUAUUUGUAAAGUGGCAGCUUUUUGGGCCUGUGCAAUCUGUACAUUCUGUCCAGAAGUAGAUCUUUCUCUAGCAGAUCUGGAACAAGAGAUUGAAGUAGGUAAGUGACAUAAUUGGAAAACUCCUGUGGCCCAAUGUCAAUGGAAUCCUUCUAAUAUGUAUGUUAUUGCGCCGCAAUCUUCAUGAUCCGCGACCUUGUCCUCUAGUUUAAGAAGUUUAGCUACCAUUGUGUCCACGAGGGAGUUAUGGGCAGAAAUGAGCUUCUCCGCCUGGAAAUGGUGGCUUCUUGGAACCAUCUUGAGUCCUCGUCAGAGGAGGAGAGAGUAAUGAAACUUGAAAAUAGUGAUUGCUCCACUUUUAUUAAUUUACACUACAUUUUAGAACAUUUUUUUAUAAAUCUCUCAUAAUGUUCUGUUUACAAAUCAAACACAACACCCCAGUUCAGAGAGAUGGGUGGAAAGACAUGGCUAGUCAGCUACAACCUCAAAGCUUAACUUUCAUUAGAGAUUUAAAAAGGUAGUUUUACUGCCAAAUCAACUGCAAAUUUUGUCCGACAUGCAGUGCUAAUACCUAUUAUCUUGCAUAGAUGAGCUUUAGCUAUACACUGAUAGAUGGAAACCCCCAAAAAUAACCUCUACAAUUCCUAUCCAUCUAUUUUGGCUUAAUUCUCUAUGCCCUAGGAAGAAGUGCCAGUUAUAUCUACCUGAUUACUUUACCCACCAUAACUCCAAACCUUGUGCACACAGGAGAUUUCAUAUAUGUAUAUAUGCCUAUUUAUCUUCAUCAACUGCGUACAUACAAGUUUACCUUUUACUGCUAAUGAUCCAUAUACAUUCUAUGCGACGAUUUGUAAAUGUAACACCAUAUCUUAUGUGCAUGUUAUUCAUUCAUAAUGUCAGGCGAUUAGAAGACUUCAUUCUAUACAACCUGUACAUGCAAUACCAUUUACUGCAUAGUACACCAGUUAAAAGAAAAAAAAAUAACACACAAAUUAUCACACUUGGUUUCAUAACAGUUUGAUUUAUUGUAAAUAUCACGGUAUGCAAGUCACUCACAUCCAAGUAGUUAAGUAGUAAUUGGUAAAUAAACGAGCACAUUAAGAUUUAAAGUACUGGGUGGGUGCAGCCUACCAUGUCAGCUAAUUGUGACCCUCAGAAAACAAUUACACUGGAUUUUAACAACAUUACCAACCCACCACAGUGAAUCUGAUGCUAAGAGCUAUUGUUUUGUUAUUGGCCACAUUACCCACUGCAUAUGCAUAUGAACUAAAUGGAGGCAUUUUCAUUAGGAUUAUCCUAAUAGCAUUAAGAGAUUAUUUUAUUUAUUUAUUUUCCGUGGAGGUGGGGGGGGGGCUGUCUAUAAAAAUAAAAAUAAUUGAGAAAGGUUAUUAAUUUCUUGAUUUUCUUUCUAAUGCUUUCAAAUUCCAAUAAAGAGUGCCUAUGAAAUUCUAAAGUAAAAGAGGUUGAUUUUAUACAUUAAUGGUUUUGAAUAAAAGAGGAGUUAGAUGCUUAAGCGGUGUUUCUUUAGAGAAAGUUAAGUAGAUGUUCUGGUUAGUAGAGAUAAGAGUUUGUCUCACUUGGUGACUUCCCAGAGUGUCCCCAUUAGAGGCUAAUUACUUGCCAAACAAAUAAACAAUUAACUCCCCUUGCUUCUUGGUGGGGGGAAUGUUCAUUCACAUGCUAAAACUUCCUAAUGAAAGAUUUUAAUUAAUGACGUUGUAAAUCCAACCCCCUUGUCAACACACAGCUAUAAGGAGGGUCACAGAACUUUACCACAAUCACUGUGUAAGAUACAAACAAGGUGAAGAUCAUGGCAAGCACUACCUUAUGCAAGGCUGGCCCAAUGAUGUCUCCAAAUCUACAGAAAGGAUCACAUUUAGUGGAGUCUAAACCAGCAAAAUGUUCUUUUUCCAUCGAACGCAUUUUAGGUUUGGAAACUAAAAAGACUUUUACUUCGAGCCUCAGUAAACAUCAUAGGCCUUGGAUGGAUCAAAGCAACAUUAGAGGUAUGUAGCGUUAUUCCUGGUACAUUAACAUGUAUAGAAGAAUUAUUUUAGGGCUCUAAAUUAGACUGUAGUAUGUUCAUAUUUUAAAGACAAUGAUAUGCUGUUACAUGCAAAUUGUAAAGCAAGUAGCAUGAAUUUCCUUUUCAUUACAAGACAAUUCUCUACAAUAUAAAAAUACACAUAUAUAGAAUGUAUAGCUCAAAUUGUCACAUGGAUUUAAAUCCACUAUGGCUUUUAAUAGAAAACCUCAAAUAAACUUAAAUGACUUUCAAAUUAGAUAAUUUUCCACCAAUCUGGGCCAAGACAAUGAAUCAAUAAAUGUUCACUUUUUCUAAAAAUGUAAAAUUUCAGUGAUUGCUACUUAUUUAAAUUAUUACACACACAUGCACACCUUUAUAUUAGUGUGUAUGAUGUUUAUAUGCAUUCUAUGAUAUAUGGUGAAUGUUGAAUUCGGCUUUAGGUUUAAGUGCAAAUAAGCCACAUUUAUUAAUUGUUUUGUUAUUUUAAUGUGUUAAAUAUAAUGUAGGUGUGUGUGUGUGUUAUAUAUAUAUAUAUAAACAAAGUAUACACACGCUCAAUCACAACACAUGUCAAAUAAAUAUAAAAUAAAUACCAGAUAGUAAUGGAAAUCUAACAAGUGUCAUGUAAUUAUUAUGCCAACUGCUUGACAUACUCUGAAUACAGGGAGACGUGGUAGUUGGAGCUCACAGUGAUGUAUCAUAUGUAUACCACAAAGAUAGCUAGGGUCUUUUUCCCUUGGUCUCAUUUUGAUGUAUGUUACAUUAAUAUGAUAAAUUGUGGGUCACAUUGUAGAAAAGUUCCACGGAACCUUCUCCUGGCACGUAAUAAUUAACAAGUUGUACUUAUGCCAUUUUAGCUCCAGUGGCAGCUGAUAACCAAGGCUGGAAACUCCCUGUGAUGUCCUACAAUCUUCCAAUACAAGUUGGCACAGUACGUCAUUUACUGGAAAAAGAAAGUGCUGCCAUAUACGAUAAAUGCUGUAAUGGGGGCGAACGGCUGACGUACAAGAGAGAACUGAGUUGGUACAGGGGCAGAAGACCAAGAACUGCUUUUACUAGAAACCAAGUAAGUUCUGAAUAUAAAUGUGAAUAAGCCCCCGGCUUUUAAUCUGUUUUUUAAACAUGGCAACUUUGCUAUACAGAGAUUAACUACAAGAAUGCAUUUUUAUACUUCUUUGCAAUCAUUUUUCUCCAAGUGUUUCUAAAUCAUAACAUCUAAAUCAUUCAAGAUUUUCUUUGGGUUUCUACAAAGCUUUAUUUGUUGGGCAUUGGGAACAUUAUGUAUAGUCGGUAAAUAUAUGUAUCUGUACUCUUUCAGAUCGAAAUUCUCGAGAACGUCUUCAGAGUAAAUUCCUACCCAGGAAUUGAUGUUAGAGAAGAACUUGCCAAUAAAUUAUCAUUGGAUGAAGACAGAAUACAGGUAUAAUAAUUAUAUUACCUCCUAACCCAUGUAUAUAUAUAUAUUUAUAUUUAUAUAUAAACGCUCCACCGCACUGUGCGCAACUAUAUGAAGACAAGUUUUUAUUUACCAAAUUACGACUUGAAAAAGCCAUUGUAAAUUUCAGGAAAAAUAGGCAAACUGUUCAGCUAUUUUGACUCUAACUUUUAUUUCCCUCUUCAAUUUACCAUAAUUUCAGAUGGUAAAGAAACAUAUUAACGUCCUAAGCUAGAUAAGACAGAUAAACAUUAAUGAAUACAUUUAAAAAUGUUUUGGAGGAAAGGAGUAUGGGCUAUGCAACUUAUAGACACCUUUGUUAUUGUUAGUUACAGUAUGUCAUUUUCUAAGCUUUAUUACUUUUUUUGUAACAAGUUUUUCUUUUUUAUUUCCUCCAAUGCCAGAUCUGGUUUCAAAAUCGCCGUGCAAAGCUUAAAAGAUCUCAUCGCGAGUCACAGUUCCUAAUGGUUAAAGACACGUUACCAGCUAACAUUCAAGAAUAAGAAAAUUCCCUUACACGUUUUACUUUGCCAAACAGUAAACCAAUGGAUUUAUUAAAUAUAUGUAUAUAGAAAAGACCUAAUCUAAUAUUUCGGCAUCAUCCAAUAUGCUUAAAAGAGUACUGUCACUUCCCAGGACUUUUAAUAUUAUGUUUACAUAUCUUCUAUAUUUAACAAAUAUGUAUUUGAGAGGUAUGAAAUAUAAAAUUAAAUCUAGCAAUUCACACCUCUUUCUCUUACAACUGGCCGCCUACAUCUUAGCUGUCUGUCACUGUUAUAAGCCCUGUCCUUUGUGCAUGGCAGUCAGCAAAGAGAAAGAUACAGAGCAGAGGAGAAUUGAAACGAUGUUUGUUUUUUUCCUAUUUUGCAAUGUUUGCCAUGCCUUUGCCCUGUCUGACUUGGACUGUGAUGUAAUUUACUAAAUCUGUGAUAUAGAUUUAAAAGAAUACAGAGCAUCUCAUGUACAAUUGGUGAACACAAGUUAUAUGUGAUUUUCAAC